CGUCACGCGUCCCCGUCGCCUCUCUCUCUGUGUUUAUUAUGUGGUCGUUAAGCAGCAGCUGCUAACUAGCAUUGAGCCCCUUCGUCUUCAAACAUGCUCUGAUUCUCGCAGCUGGCAGGUUUGGAGGACAGAGAUGGCAGUGUGUGCACUGACCAUGUUGGACGGGAUGGAGGAGGAGGUAACGGCAGCAGGUGGUGUGUUCCUCCUGGCCCUGGCCCUCAUCUUGGCGUGGCUCUCGACCCACGUGGCCGACCGGGGAGACCACAUACUGGGCACCAUCCUCACUGUGGGCGCUCACGCCUCUCUGAUCGGACUGGGAGGUCACGACAGCUACAGCGGAGGGUCACCCAGCGCCGACACGCCCGAACAGCAGACCCCUCCACCUUCGCAGGAGAACAAGCCAGAUGACGGCGAGCCGGGGACUGAGAGAGGAGAGGGUGAGGGGACGGGGGAGGGAGCUGAAGGGGUCAGGACAGAUCUGCUGCUGGACAUACAGAGUAAGCAACCGCAGGCUGGGAGACUACAUACUUCAGACGAGGAGGAGGAGGAUGAGGACGAGGAGGAGGAGGAGGAUGAUGACGAAGAAGAGCUGGAGGAGGAGGAUAAAAAGAUUAUAAAGCAGAUCCCGGUGUUGUCCAGCGCCAUCUCUCCCACCACUACGACCACUAGCAUCUCUGUCCGUCUCAAGUUUUUAAAUGACACAGAGGAGGUAGCUGUGGUAGAACCACAGGACACAGUAGGAGGACUGAAGAGUAAAUACUUCUCAGGUCGGGAGCAUCAAAUAAAGCUGAUCUACCAAGGCCAGUUGCUGCAGGAUCCCAAGAGGACUCUGUUAUCCCUAAACAUCACACACAACAGCGUGAUCCACUGCCACGUCUCCCAGGCCCUGCACGAGGCCCCUCCAGAGGAAGGGGUUCAGCCUGGGCCCGGAGCAGGAGUCGGGUCUGGGGUCUCUGGAGGAUUCAGGGCUGCCGGUGUGGCCAUCAGCACCAGCAGCCUGGUGGUGCCUGUGUUUGUGGUGAUACUGGCCGUGGUGUGGUACUUCCGCAUCAACUACAGGCAGUUUUUCACCGCCCCUGCAACCAUCUCCCUCGUGGGAGUCACUGUGUUCUUCAGCUUUCUGAUAUUCGGGAUGCACAGCCGCUGAAGCGAGGAGCACAUGCUCACAGCUGAAUGUUUCGAGGUAAAAUAAAAAUAACUAGAGCAGUGGGUGGCGUCUAGAGACAAAGACUUAUCAAAACGGGGCUCAGUGCAGAUGCCACAGCUGAUUGGAUUCCUGGAGUGUGCGUGAGAGUGUGUGUGGGUGGCUAGGUGAGCCUGUUUGUGCAUGUACAAACAUAAAAUAAAAAAAAAACAGAUGAGUGAGUGUACAGUAUGUAAGGUAAAUGAAGUUCAGCUAAAAUUGAACCACAAUCUAGCUUCUCUUCAAACAUGACUCAGUGGGUCACACCAUGUUUAAACUGUCUCUCGUCUGCUUUUAUUAUUUGCUAAAGAUUGGUGAUGCUUUCCUUUGUGUCGUUGUUUAUGAGGCCAUUGUUUCCGUGUUAAAACAAAUAAGUAAUCUUAACCGAUAGAUGCAAGAAUCGAAACUCUUUUGGGACCACUCACUAUUGCGCUGUGUGUGCCAGUUUAACUCUUUACCCUUACGUUAUUUGAAUGAUUCAAGUUCUGUAUAAACAAAUAUGAACUGUACAGCUGCCUCCAUGCCAGGCUGAGAGUUUCAGAUAUUUUUGUUGCUUAACUGUUGCUAUGUAGAAACAGGCUAAUUUAAAUAAUCACUAGUCAUGAAAAUAGACACUUUUUGAGAAGAUAUUGUAAAUAUAUUGUGUAUUUUCUGUAAAUAAAAUGAUAGAAUGAUGAACCUGCAUCUGGCACUUAAAAGAUUUGGAGGGGGACACAACCCUCUUGAUUAUGCUGGACUGCUCUGGCUUCAGUGAUGUCUCAAAUUAAAGCAUUUCAAACCAAA